CAAGGAAGUGUGUCCAAGCGAAGUGCAACGCCGCCGCUGCCAACAGCGGCCGACAGCAGCAGUCAGACGCGAAUCUGGGGGGCGCUGUCACCCCGGAGGCGCCUGAGGCGCGCAAUGCUGCCAACGCUUUUGAGGAGCUGCACUCGUCCUUCAUGUCAAUGCUUGUGAGGGUGAUACGGGGCCAGCUGGAGAGCAGCGUUUACGAGGACCAAUGCCGCAGUUUGCUGGGGACGGGAUCCUAUGAGCUGUUCACGCUGGACAAGCUCUCGGCAAAGAUCGUCAAGCACAUGCAACUGAUGCUGCAGGACGAGACGACCACCAAGCUUUGGGAGUUAUACAAGUACGAGCGUUCGCGGACGCUUCCCAUCCACACUACGUUGUACCAUGUGAACUGCCAUGCGGUCUUAACGGACGACCCAUGCUUCCGCAUUGCUUACAAUACCGGGAACUCGACACUCACCAUUACGCUCGUCGAACCCGACAAGGCACCGGAGGCGUUGGGCAACGCGGCGGAGGGCUACGUGACGGAUUAUAUCAAGAGUUACGUUAGCACGCCGACCCCGUGCCCCCCAACGGAGUGCCAGCUAUAUCUGAAGCGCAACCUGUCGCAGCGGGCACGUCAGGGUCCGGAUGCUGAGCUUGUAGAGGUGCUCCGGUCCGUGGCUAUCUUCAACGGUCUGGAAUGCAAAAUCAGCUGUACGACAUCCAAGGUGUCGUACGUGCUGGACACCGAGGACGUGAUGUGCCGCAAGCUGCAACAGCGCCGCUCGGAGACGGACAGCCAGAAGCAGCUGCGUUCCGACCGCUUCACGCGCUGGUUAGAUGAGCGUACAGCAAUACGCAGCGAGGUUCUGGAUACGAUUUCGUGGCUCGGAGUCAUUCCGCCCCGGUUCAAGGCGGGUGUGCACAUCCACCUAGUCACCUACUAUGACGAUUUGGGCUCCGCCUACCCGUGGGCCAUACGGCUGCCUGUUCAGAUCAUCACUAUUGACUUCCUGGGCUCGCCCGGGGCCAGCGUGCCCAGCCAGACCAUGAACCUGAUCAGGCCCACGGCUGGGCGUGGUCGAUGUGCGUUCCAUCCGUACGAGGUCCGGGAGCUGCAAGUGCAGAUGGGGGCGUUCCCCACCACCAUCAUCGGCUGCUUUCCGCAGACAGCAGAAGUCCGAUGGAUUUGUCAGCAGCUCAGGAGGGCCAAGUUAUUCGGGGUCGAGUACGAGCAACUGAUCACGGGACGAAUCGCCGGCAAUGUGUGGCUGGGCGGCAUGUGCUUUACCACCUCGGGCUGGGUGCAGAGCUACGGCAGCCGCUACGUACGGCCGCCAGUCAUCAUGUCCGACACUGAGUUCCAGGGCUCAAUAACGAUGUGGGAGUGCCCGGAUGUGCUGACAAUCGAAAACUCCCGGUCCGACAACGCCAUGACCGCCGCGUUGGCGGCGACUGGAUACAGCCGCGACAUCAGGCCGGUGGUGUACGACGUCCACAGUCCUGAGGUGCCGUCCGAGGGGUUCAUCGGAUCGCGGAUUAGGUACGCUCUACGGCGAAGUAAGUUCAACUGGCAGGCCCAGGCUCGUAUGGAUGUUGGUAUCCCUUGGGAUGGGGUCUCAACGCUGUCGCUGCUGCUGGUGUCCGGACGAGGCUGGGCAGAGACGGGGCCUCGCCUCAAGAUGCGCGGCUGGGCAGAGACCGUUGCUGCGCUGCGCAACAUGGUGACGGCUGCAGUGCAGGUCCGUAGCGAUCUGGCGGUGCAGCAACAGAACGACAUCGCCGGCAAGAAGCUGGCACCCGCGCCGGUGUCGGCAGCGGAGACCUGUCCACAGCCGGCAGCAGCCCGACCCGCCGGCUGCUAUGACUGCUGCCACCCACGAUAUGAGGUCAGGAGACUUGUGAGCUAA